CUCCCAUCAAUACUUCAAAUUUGUCACAGUUCUGUGUUCCUCUCGUUAUUCGUAUAUACGCUUGUAUCGGUAAUUGUAUAGGCCGAGUUAGCCGGCGGUAGCUUUGAUCGGAGACGGUAAGAUCAAUGGCGGAGGAGAAGUACAACCGUAAGAACCCCGCCGUGAAGCGGAUCCUCCAGGAGGUGAAGGAGAUGCAAGAGAAUCCCUCCGAUGAUUUCAUGAGUCUCCCUCUCGAGGAGAAUAUAUUUGAAUGGCAAUUCGCCAUAAGAGGACCUCCGGAUACAGAAUUCGAGGGCGGAAUUUACCAUGGACGGAUUCAGUUACCGGCGGAGUACCCCUUCAAGCCCCCGGCUUUCAUGUUAUUAACGCCGAACGGUCGGUUCGAAACACAGACCAAGAUUUGUCUGAGCAUAUCCAAUUACCAUCCCGAGCAUUGGCAGCCCUCAUGGAGUGUGAGAACGGCUUUGAUGGCACUUAUCACAUUCAUGCCCACGAGUCCAAACGGCGCACUGGGUUCACUCGACUACCCUAAAGAAGAGAGACGUGGACUAGCCGCCAAAUCUCGUGAAGCUGCUCCUAAGUUUGGCACUCCUGAACGUCAACGGGUGAUCGAUGAGAUCCACGAGUAUAUGUUGAGCAAGGUUCACUCUGUUCCACAACUGAAAUCUCCGGAACCCACUGGAUCACCAACCGUCGAUGGAGAAGAGAAUUCUCAGGAAAGGUUACAAAAUGGGAGUGCCUCGGAUGGGGAAGAACCACAGGAUCAAGUAGUUGCCAAUUACACAGAAGUGCCUGAAGUUCCUCUAAACCCUAACUCUAAUCCUAACCCAAUCCUUACAAGCACAACCUCGGAGGCCCCCGCAAGAGACUUGAGCAACCAGUCACUGCAGAGGUCACAGACCCGCGAGCAGAAACCAGCCGAUGACCGCCUCUUCACAUGGGCUGCCAUAGGACUCACCAUUGCCAUUGUGGUUCUUCUUCUGAAGAAAUUCAUAAAAUCCAGUGGUUAUGGAGCUCCUCUAUUCAUGGAUGGAUCAUAGGCUUCACAAAAAUGAAAAUGUCCAUCCACCUGUUAAGUAAAUACCGUCCAGUGUGUUAAUUGUCGUAAUUAAUUCUACAAACAAUAUUUUGUGCUGUUUUCAUCUUGCUUCGUGAGCUAAAAAAAGCACCGAAGACGAACAAUGUGUGUACUCGGCAUUAUACCCUUUAAUUGCAAUCCCAAUGUUUUCAUCCCAA